AAGGGGAACACAUCACCAGCCUUGACGGCUACACCGCUAUCUAUCUCCUAGGAACCUCUCGUAUCCAUUCCACUUGCUCCCUACCACCUCGCUCUGCUCCCCCCUCCGACCACGACCUUCGAUUACCGGAUCAACGAAAGCCAUGAGCUUACGGACGCUUUGCUAUCCAUCACACUGACCAGUUCCAGACUCGACGGAGUGCCUCUCUUCCUACCAUGGACUAUUCUCGGCUGCGAGCCGCUGCUUUGCGGGAUGGCGAGGAUGAAGAAGCCGUUACUGUCGACACUCGUGCUUUGAUAGACAAAGUGCUCGCCCGCUACUCGGGGGAAUGGACAACUCUGCGAGAACUCAUCCAGAACGCCGCCGAUGCCCAGGCCACCACCGCCAAGAUCAAGUGGGAAACCAUGCCUUCGACCUCGGUAGCCCUUCCUGCGAAUCCGAGCGAAUCCGACCUACUCAAACACACGAUAGCACAUCAUACCCUACGGCGGCUUAUCGUGCAGAACGAUGGUCAGCCGUUCACCAAGACGGACUGGGGCCGCCUCAAGAGAAUUGCCGAGGGGAACCCGGAUGAGACAAAGAUCGGCGCCUUCGGUGUUGGGUUCUACAGCGUCUUUUCUGACUGUGAAGAGCCCUUCGUGAGCUCUGGAGACGAGGCCAUGGCCUUUUACUGGAAGGGAAAUGCCCUCUUCACCAAGAAGACAACCUUACCGCCCGAUCAGCGCAGUCCCGAUACGGCCUUCGUCCUCGAUUACCGCAAUACGACCACCCCUCUGCCUAACCUAUUAUCCGUCUCCCAAUUUCUUGCCACGAGUCUUACCUUCGUGUCCCUUCAACGAAUCGAGUUCUGGAUAGAUAACUGGAGGGUCGUGUCGUUACAGAAGAAGUCGUCCCCGAGCGCUAGCAUACCCAUCCCGCGAAACCUAGAGACUAGAACCAGAGAGGGUCUGAUGACCGUGGCGGCUGUGGACCGCACCAGUACUCAGAUCGAUGCCUCCUUCAUGGGCGUUAUCGGAUGGAAGCCCCAAAAGACCGCCUCGGCAAAACAUUCCGAUCCGUAUGGCGUGGGCGCCGAGGUACCCUCGCUGCGAAGCUUCUUCUCCCGGCUCACCACAAGUGCUUCGCACGCCGGCUUGCGAGGCAAAGCCAACAAAGACGACGCGGCGCUCCAGGAAACCAUAGCGGAGGACGUGACCAAACAGUCCACGUCGACGAUAUUUCUCCGGGCAACAGCGGCCUCUAUCGUCACCAAGGUGUCCUCAUCUUUUUCUACCGAGCUAGAACGUGCCACCAAAAAGCCGCCGCCCAAGACGACUAAGAUCGCCAUUCUCACAUCUUCCUUUGACGAAACCCAAGCAUCGGAAAGCGCCAACUCGGACGCCACGUCCAAGUCGAUUGACAUCUUUGCUUCUGUUUUACCCAGCCAAAAGCCCGGUGGCCGAAUAUUCAUCGGGUUCCCGACCACGCAGACCACAGGAGCAGGGAUGCAUGUCUCUGCCCCCUCGGUGAUCCCGACAGUGGAGCGAGAGGCCAUCGAUCUGAACGCUCGAUGGGUCAGAACCUGGAACAUCGAGAUGCUACGGGCGACCGGCAUUGUGGCCCGCCUGGCGUUUAUGAACGAAAUGGGCGACCUCGACUCUAAAUUGCACAGGUCUGUCCAGCCGGGUGCAAAGAUCACACACAAGGAAGUGGACACGUUUAUGCCCGAAGCUCUGCACAUCUUGAAAACCUUCACAUUCGGCGACUCGACACCGAGCGGCCAGGUGUCUCAGAUAAUCGAGGAAGCUUUCUGGACCUCGUUCAAGACGGCGUCCAUCGAGGUUUACUCGUCUCGCGGCGUACUUUCGACCUCCCAGGUCCGCAUCGAUAGUGAGGAGAUGAGCAAGUUCGUCGACGGCAUUCCUGUCGUCCCAUCUCAGCUCAAGAACGACCCGUUCGUAAAGAAGCUCAUUGACUUCGGUCUGAUCAACCCAAUCACCGUGGAUGACGUACACAAGGAACUGGGCACGAAGGCACUCGAUAAGGACCAACUAAUCCACUUCAUUCUUUGGGCUGGAAAGAAGUCUCUCAACGGCGAGCUUGAUCCCCCGAGCAAGGCACGUCUGUUGGACGUCGCCGUAGCUAGCGUGAGCCGGGAUGGUGGUGAUCAAGGCCAAGUCAUCGCUGUCGGGUCUAUCACGAACUACUUGGUCCCCAACGUAAUUCCUGCAACCCUCCCCGUCCCGCCCACCACCAUUCCUUACGCCUUCACCAGCACGUGCGGCGCUCGGGAGCUGAAGGCGCUGGGCUGGGAGCCCCUCGAAAUAGUGCCCUGGCUACGAUUUCUGCUGGCCUUCGCUUCCGAGAAGGCGGACGGUCAAAAUAUGACCAAGACGCCCAAGUUCGCUGUCCAAGUGCUGACGGUUGUGUCGAAAGCAUGGGAUAACCUGAAUCCGAACAUGAGGAACACCGUCGUUACGCUCUUACAGGCACACACCGUCAUGCCCACGAAAAUGGGCAUGAAAAAGCCUACCGAGUCGUUCUUCCCAAGUGUCAAGCUGUUCGAUGAUCUCCCGACCCUGGAGGUCUCUGCCAACUUGAAGGAAAAGUUCCUGGUCGCAAUCGGGGUCAGGAAGACGGUCGAUCUCGACACCAUCUUCACCCGCCUCCUUAACCCGUCGUCGGAGAAAGCGGGCCAGCGGUGGAGCCACAUGGAGCUCAUCAGGUACCUGGCCUCUGUCCAGGAUGAUAUACCUGCCGCAGAUCUGAAGAAACUCAAGACAUCCCAGAUUUGCCCCGCCGAAGCCGGCCCGAAGGGGCUGGAGCCGACCAAAGGCACUAAACAGCUGUACAAAGUCUCGGAUCUCUUCGAGCCCAAAGACACACUCAGAGCCCUGGGGCUACCACUGCUUCAGUGGCCGGGCCCACCAGGAAGCUUCAGGACAAGCAGCGCAGAGGGCAAGUUUCUCAUGAAGCUUGGCUUACGGCCAUACCCUUCGGCGCCCGAACUGGUGGAGAUGAUGGCUGGGAACGACGAGGAACGGAGACUCCAAGCAAUGACCUAUUUCAUUGCGAACCAUCACAUCAAUGGGUAUGGGGCUUUCAACCUUGCCACGAGUCCCAAGGCCUUCCUGCCGAUACAGGGGAAUGAAAAGAAGCUGGUCCCCCCAUCUGCAUGCUUCACAAAUGAUGCCGCGGCCAUCCUAGGAUUCGACAUCCUCAGGCGCGACCUCUGUGGACAUGCAAACAAAUUCGGCGUCGCCAUGGAUCCCCCUAUUACGGAAUGCGUCUCCCAUUUGCUCGCACGGCCGCCUCAAGACCACGGGAUGGCCACCAGGCUCUUCGAAUAUUUCGCGCGACGCCUCGGUGAUCUUGGGGGAAGCCAACUAGCCAGGCUCAAGGAUGCUCCGAUCGUGCCGGUGCAGCGGUCGAAGGUCCCGGACGGACACGAGAAAUCGGAGGCCCGGGCGACAUCGGUUACCCGCGUCAGCCCGCAGCGAUGUUACCUAGGAAGCUCUACGACAUACGGCGACAUUUUCGAUUUCGUAGAUUUCGGCCAAAAUGCGAACACGUUUCUCUUCAAAUGCGGAGCCAAAGCCGAGCCGACAAAGGAGGAAAUUGCGCACCUUGCCUGCAGUGAGCCUGCACGCCUCCUGAGCACCCUGCAGAGCCCAGAAAAGUAUCUCUCUUUGCUGAAGUCCCUCGCCGAGAAUCUACCGACCCUGAGACAAGACAGAGAUCUUUUCCGGAAGAUGAAGUCUGCACCGUUUCUCCUCGCUUCCAAAGACAUCACCUCUCCUCCGUCGAAGGAUAAGCUCGUCGAUCUGGACGAGGACGAGGAGCCUAUUAAACAAUAUCAACUUGCCCCCGCCAACCGCAUCGUUGUUUUGGACGACAUCAUCAGCUACAGGCUCUUCAGGGAUCGCUUGAUUGUAGCCCCCGAGGAGGAAGUCCUUGAGGACUUCUACCUAGCACUAGGCGCCCAGACUCUUAGUAGUCUCGUGUCGGAGGAAGUCAGAAUCGGGCCUCAUGCUCACGAUCAGCGAAGUGCUACAGAAUUGCGGAAGCACGUGUUGGAGCGCUCCAAGAUCUUCCUUCACGAGUAUGUCAACUAUCGGCGUGACAGUAUCAAGCACGAUUCGAAGUGGCUGGAGAAGAACAUGACGGUCGAGGUGGUCCGCUCCCUAGCGCUCCGCCGUACGCUCAAAGGCAGUCACGGGCAGUCACAUUUGGAGAAAAGGUCGGCCGCCAGUGUGCACUUGAAGUCAGGCUGGGUUCUGUACGUGGCUGCCGAGGGCCGUCCUGACAUGUACCAGGUUGGCCAAGCGAUCUGCCAGCUCUUGCUGGCCAGACCCAACCAGCAAGCGUAUCUCUUUUUUGAGCCCUUUUUGACCUUGGAUCUGCUUGGAUUACGGGCUAGAGGAUACAACGUCGAUCGCAUUUUGCGCGCCAAAGCUGCGCAGGCCAGGAUCGCGGAAGAAGAGAGACGCAAGGCGUUAGAAGCCGAGCAGCGUAAAAUGCAGGAGAGGGAGGAACAGUGGAAUGACAGAGAGGCCAAGGCAGCCGAGGCGGCACGAGAGGCUCCGAGGACCCCGAGGCCGGCCCUGCCGGCUAUGCCUGGCUCCUUUGGGAACGACAGCCCCGAGGAUGUCCAACCGGCGCCGAGCACCGAGUCGUGGAGGAGAGGCACGGGCGGCUUCUUCUCCAACAUCACCCGCCGACUCGGCUUCGACACUGACGAUGAUGCUCAUCCGAAACCACCGCAACUUCCUGGCGCAUCGGCUGAAGACGACCAGCACUCGACACCUCCCAGCGGAUCCCCGAACAUCCAGCGCAAGCCCAUGGAUGAUGGUAGAGUGACGAGCCCGGCCAAGGUGGGGCAGAACCUCCUGAACGCCAUCCAGGCCACGAGACCGCACGAUUCGAACCACUUAUUCUCCCCACCGCGUGUCAACGAGGUCAAGGAGCAGGCCACCUACUGCGACAGCACGCCAGCUAAGAACAUCGUCUUUGUCGCUGAGGCUUCCAACGGGAUGAAGGUCUACGCCGCUAAGGACGUGUCUGCUGACCCAACCCGCUUCCUGGGAACCCACAGCGGGGCCAUAAACGCAUUUGCGGCGCUCCUGGUCGAGGUCGGAAACGUCUACUCCCUGUCGCCGCAGGCGCUUCACAUGUUCUACGAUGAGGUGGGCGGCACGAUCGCGUUCAACAGCAACGGCAGCAUAUUUUGCAAUUUGCGGUUUUUCCUCCAACUCCAUGCCAACAAGCUGGCCGGCUCCCGUCAGGGCGAGGCGAAAGCCGAGGCGGCCGUGUGGUGGUGGGUUGUCCUGGCUCAUGAGCUGUCACAUAACCUGGUUGAAUCCCACAACUCUGAUCACAGUUAUUACACGGAAUCGUUCAUUCAGCAGUACUUCGCCAAGAUGGUGGCCAAGACACAGCAGUGGGGGGUGACGGCAAACUCCCCCGCCCCAUCGACUUUAGAGAGACCGUCACCAUCGGAAGGCCUCGCUCAUAGACAGCGUGCUCAUCCCGUCCUUGUUCCUUCGUCUGCGCCUCCACCUUAUAGUGAAGGCAACCCGGUGCCUGGCAAUCUACGAAACAGGUCCUAGGAUCUUUGCUGAUUAGGAGUCUGACCAAUGCAUCUGCUGCGGCAACGUCGCAUGUAUUUUGGUUUUGUUUGGUUUCUUUUUUUCUUUCCUCGGAAAGGAUUGGU